AAGCAUUUCCUCACAACACCGAUACCCAGGACGCCCACACAGUGAACACCGUACUCUCAAAAAAAGAAGACAAAUUAUCUUUCUUCCAACACGCUAUUUUAUAAUCCUUGGAAGCAGCUGAAACUUGCCGGGAAAACGCUACACCUGUCGCUACAAUGAGUGGUGGAUGGAAUACUAUUGAAUCCGAUGCGGGUGUUUUUACCUCCCUCAUCGAGAACCUCGGCGUCAAAGACGUUCAAUUCGAAGAACUCCUCACCCUCGACCCAUCCGAGCUUCUCACCCUGCAUCCUGUCUACGGCGUGAUCUUCCUCUUCAAGUACCCGACCGAUCAACCCUAUGCGACACCCGAGGGACCCCGCGACGGCUCCUUCGACCACGCCGCCUCCGAGAACAUCUUCUUCGCCGCACAGACGAUCCAGAAUGCCUGUGCUACACAGGCCCUCCUCAGCGUGCUGCUGAACAAGACGAAAGAUGUCGAGGUAGGCGAGCAGCUGGGCGACUUUAGAGAAUUCACCAUGGUGCUGCCACCUGAGUUCCGCGGUGAGGCGCUUAGUAACUCUGACCUCAUCCGGGAGGUGCACAACAGCUUUGCUCGCAGCAGCCCCUUUGCCGACGAGACGGAUAAGACGGGUGCAGAGACAGAGGAUGCCUUCCAUUUCAUCGCUUACACACCUAUCAAUGGCACACUCUAUGAGCUCGACGGCCUGCAACCCGCUCCCAUCUCUCACGGUGCCUGCAGCUCUGAGGAAUUUUCUACAAAGGUUGUGGACGUUCUCCAGCGCCGAAUCGCACGAUACGAUAGCACCGAGAUCCGAUUCAACCUCCUCGCCAUGUGCCGGGACCUGCGACAGCGAGCGCGAGACUUUGGCGACGAGGAGCUGUUGGCGCGGGAGGAGCGCAAGCGACGAGACUGGAUGUUUGAGAAUGCUCUGCGACGACACAACUUUGUUGGCUUUGCGGGUGAGGUGAUGAAGGGCGUUGUUCGCAGUAAGAUCGCCGAGGGUGGUGAUGCCGCAUGUGAAAAGUGGGUGAAGGAGGGCUUGGAGAGGAGGAAGAAUGCGGAGCAAGCUUACAGAGGUCGAGCAGGAGCAGGAGCUGGCGGCGGCGACGGAGAUGGUGAUGUCGAUAUGGGUGCUUGAAAUACUUAAUGAACUUGUCAUGACGGGAUGGAGAUACCAUAUUAUAUGACCGGGUUUUAUGAACGAGCAUGGUUAGGCUAAUGGCUGACACUUCAUGAUAGAGGUUAUGCAUUAAAGACAAGAAGAAAUAGC